AUGACGGAUGCGCCCGUUACCCGGGAGGAUACGAAUCCUCCAACUGUUCCGCUUCCUCUCAAUCAUACGUGGAUUGGAUCCACCGAGGCAUACACUGUCCCGGUCCUCGCAGCGGCCAAGAUCCCGGGCACCGCGGAGGGCUGGCGUACUUAUAUGGACUACUUCAGCAAAGGGGACUUUUCUACGGUUAUAAGAGAGCAUACAUCUUCUCGACCCCUCCCAGAACCAUUUUUGUGGUUCACAUUCGAACGAAUGGCCAAGGCCCUUGUGGCCAUGGACACAGCAUUCCGAGAACCAGGCAAAGAUGAACCAGUGGUCAUACAUAACGAUAUCAAGCCUGGAAAUAUUCUCAUGGGCUACCCAGGGUCGCUCGGUAGAGACGCUGAUUAUAUUUCUUACCCUCCAGCUUAUGUGGGUGACUUUGGCAUGUCUUACCUCACAUCCGGUGACACCAGCUGGACGACUUGGUUAGGAAGGGGCACCAGGGGUUAUUUUGCACCAGAAGCAGACCUCCCAAAAGCAGAUCCGGACGGCGUGAGCGUACUUUCAUUUGACGACGUAGGACUCGUCUAUACACAAGAUCCUGCGUGGGAAGGCAUGAUAGAGAGGGACCUAUGGGCUGGCUACAGUCAGGACUUGAUUGAUAUCGUGGAAUACUGUGUCCAAUUUGAUAUGGCAGAACGUCCGUCACCGCAAACAUUGUUGGCCUCGAUUCAGGAAACGAUGCCCCAGUAUGCCGAUGGAAUGGAUCGCUGGGGUACACUAAGCUGGGUCAAACAAAUGAGCAGUGAGAUUGACGACUCACUUGCUGCUGAGGAUGCUACACAGAUGGACGAUGAUGCGGGCACCGGUGCUGCGACUGGAGAGAAACGUAAGGCAUCUGGACCAGUGGAAUCGGCCCCGGACGCGAAACGUAUCAAAGCCCAGACUGCUUUGGAUCGAAGACUGGCGUACGUGGCAACUUUGAUUCAAGGCGUAAAGCCGAGACCCCAACAUCAUAAAGACGAUGAGAGCUUGAUGUCUCGCUGGAUAAAUCGUCUAAUCUACAAGGACCCAGACGCGAUGUUCUCUCCUGAUGAAUUCUUCAACACAGCAGAUUCCAGUCCCAUUGAAUACUUCGAGCUUGAGAAUGAGGAUGCCAAUGAGAACCACCUGGAUGUGAUCAUGGUCAACGACGGCGAAGACGACGGCCAAACUCAUCAGCCAUAG